CAGAAACCCUUAUACAGAAGAAAAAUGAUGGAAUGUCACUAAAAAUGGAUACCCCGGGAGGCAUGAAGGCCUCUCAUUUGUGUAUCACCUUAUUGUUUUUAAAUGUCUUUUUUAAUUUGUGUGGCAGUCUACAAGGAACAUCGCCACAGAUAUUCCAGUUUACGUACCCUGCAUACAAUGCAACAGUUUACGAAAAUUCUGCAGCACGGACUUAUCUCAACAGUCAAACAAAAAUUGGCAUCAAGUUAGCAAAUCUUUCUUGGGAUAUCAAAUACAGGAUAAUGUCAGGAGAUGAAGAAGGUUUUUUUAAAGCUGAAGAAGUUGUCAUCGGAGACUUCUGUUUUCUAAGAAUUCGAACGAAAGGGGGGAAUUCUGCUAUACUCAACCGAGAAAUUCAAGACAACUAUUUAUUAACAAUAAAAGCCUCAGUAAGAGGAGAAGAUUUGGAAGCUUGGACAAAAGUAAAUGUACAGGUCUUAGAUAUGAAUGACCUUAGGCCUUUAUUUUCACCUACAACAUACUCGGUGACUGUAGCAGAAAGCACACCAAUCAGGACUAGCAUUGCCCAGGUUACAGCCACAGAUGCCGACAUUGGAUCUAAUGGUGAAUUUUAUUACUAUUUUAAAAACAAAGUUGAUCUAUUUUCCGUUCAUCCCACUAGCGGUGUUGUGUCAUUAAGUGGACGUUUGAACUACGAUGAAAAGAAUAGGUAUGAUCUUGAAGUUUUAGCUGUUGAUCGUGGAAUGAAAUUAUAUGGGAACAAUGGUGUCAGCAGUACUGCCAAACUUUAUGUUCAUAUUGAACGUAUUAAUGAGCAUGCUCCCACAAUAACUGUGGUAACGCACAUUGCAUCCAUACUGGACUUAGAUCCAAUAUAUGCUAUUGUUACUGUAGACGACAUUGAUGAAGGUUCUAAUGGAGACAUUGAAUCAGUUUCCAUAGUAGCUGGGGAUCUGCUGCAUCAAUUCACGCUGGUAAAAGAAGGAAAAUGGAUCAAUGAGUACAAACUGAAAGAAAAAACUACAAUCGAUUGGAUGAGUUUUCCAUAUGGACUAAAUUUGACUCUUCAAGCAAAAGAUAAAGGUAGCCCUCAAAAGUUUUCUGAACCCAAAAAUGUGCAUAUCUUCAGUCCUAAGAAAGAAAAGGUUGAUGUAAAGUUUGAAAAAGAUGUCUAUGAAGUUAAGAUCAGUGAAUUUUCUCCUCCCGGCGCUAUAGUAAAUAUUGUUAAAGUACAGCCCGAGCCCUCGUUUGUGGAAUAUAAAAUAUUUGACGGUGAAGAUGCUGGAUAUUUUACGAUCAAUUCUAGAACAGGAUUAAUCACCACGUCUCGCCACUUAAACAUUCAUGGGAAAGAGAAAUAUGAGUUACAAGUGUUGCACGGGAGCAAUGGAAUUGAAGCCCAGGUUAUUAUUGAAUUGGAAGAUGCUAAUGACAACACCCCCGAGUUCCAACAAACAUCCUAUGAGUCAUUUGUCAAUGAAAGUGUUCCUGUAGGUACCAAUAUUUUGACCGUUUUAGCUUCUGAUAAGGACAAAGGGGAAAAUGGAUACAUUACAUACAGCAUUGCAAGUCUGAACUCUCUGCCUUUUGCCAUAAACCAGUUUACAGGAACAAUCACUACAUCUGAUGUUUUGGAUUUUGAGUCAUCUCCAGAAAGCUACAGGUUUAUUGUACGAGCUUCAGAUUGGGGAUCCCCAUAUCGCCAUGAGAGUGAAGUUAAUGUUACUAUACGAGUUGGGAAUGUCAAUGAUAAUAAGCCACUAUUUGAGAAGGUAGCUUGUCAGGGAGUAAUAUCUUUUGAUUUCCCAACUGGUGGACACAUCACUGCAGUUUCUGCUAUAGAUAUUGAUGAAUUAGAGUUUGUAAAGUAUAAAAUAAUGUCUGGUAAUGAACAAGGGUUCUUUUACCUUAAUCCAGAUUCUGGAGUACUACAACUUAAAAAGUCUUUUAUUAAUUCUGGUCUGAGAAACAGUAAUUUUGCACUUCGUAUCACCGCGACUGAUGGUGAAAACUUUGCAGACCCUAUGUUUGUUAAUAUAACAGUCAUGCAUGGAAAGGUAUCUUCUAAAAGCUUUACUUGCAAAGAAACGAGAGUUGCCCAAAAAUUAGCUGAGAAACUCUUGAAAAAAUCCAAGGCAAAUGCUAAGUUAAAUUACGAGGACAGUUUAUUUGAUUAUUACUCUAUAAACAGACAAGCACCCCAGUUUGACAAAUCAUUUCCUUCCGAUGUAUCUGUGAAAGAGGAUCUUCCAGUUGGAGCCUCUAUACUUAAAAUUAAAGCAACUGAUGCAGAUUCUGGAUUUAAUGGGAAAGUCCUAUACACCCUUUCGGAUGGUAAUGUGGAUAGUUGUUUUAGCAUUGAUAUGGAAACUGGCCAACUCAAAGUCCUGAUGCCUAUGGACAGAGAAAAAACUGAUAAGUACCUUCUUAAUAUCACAGUGUAUGAUUUAGGAAAACCACAAAAAUCUUCAUGGAGAUUGUUGACAAUACAUGUAAAUGAUGCAAAUGAUAACAGCCCCGUUUUCCUUCAAGAUAGUUAUUCAGCUAACACAUUAGAAAGUACUAGCAUUGGAACAGAGUUAAUUCAAGUAGAAACCAAAGAUAAAGAUUUAGGGCCAAAUGGGGAGGUUACGUAUUCAAUUUUGACCGACACACGAAAAUUUGCCAUUAAUAGCUCCAGCGGGAUAGUUUAUGUAGCUGACCAAUUAGAUAGAGAGCUCAUGUCCAACUAUACCUUGAAAAUCGAGGCUAGAGACAAAGCUGAAAAUGGGCAGCAGCUUUUUUCUGUUGUUACUUUAAAGAUCUACCUGGAUGAUGUAAAUGACUGUUCUCCAGUUUUCAUACCUUCUAGCUACAGCGCUAAAGUCCUUGAGGACCUGCCAGUUGGCACUUUAAUAACAUGGCUUGAAACCCAGGACCCUGACCUUGGUUUGGGAGGUCAAGUACGUUACUCUUUGGUAAAUGACUAUAAUGGGAAAUUUGAAAUUGAUAAAUCCAAUGGAGCUAUUCGUUUGAAUAAAGAGCUUGACUACGAAAAGCAACAAUUUUAUAAUUUAACUGUACGAGCCAAGGACAAGGGCCGUCCCGUAUCUCUUUCUUCUGUUUCAUUUGUGGAGAUUGAGGUUGUGGAUGUCAAUGAAAACCUUCACACUCCAUACUUUCCUGAUUUUGCUGUAACUGGAUCUAUAAAGGAAAAUUCCCGGAUUGGAACUAGUGUUCUGCAAGUUGUGGCAAGAGAUGAAGACAGUGGAAGAGAUGGGGAGAUACAAUACUCCAUCAGAGAUGGCAGUGGAUUGGGAAGGUUUAGCAUUGAUGAAGAGACUGGUGUGAUUUACACUGGAGAUAUCUUGGACAAAGAGACAACCCAAUCCUACUGGCUGACGGUUUAUGCCACAGACCGAGGGGUAGUACCACUCUUCUGCACCAUCGAAGUCUACAUUGAGGUUGAAGAUGUCAAUGACAAUGCCCCUCUGACUUCAGAGCCAAUUUAUUAUCCUACGAUCAUGGAGAAUUCCCCAAAAGAUGUAUCCGUUCUUCAGAUUCAAGCUGUAGAUCCAGAUUCUAAUUCUAGUGACAAGCUGACCUACAGGAUCACAAGUGGAAAUCCCCAGAACUUCUUUGUCAUUAAUCCUAAAACAGGUCUCAUUACCACAACAUCGAGAAAGCUGGAUCGUGAGCAGCAAGAAGAACAUUUUCUGGAGGUUACAGUCAGUGAUGGAGGCCCAUCCUUCAAACAAUCCACUGUCUGGGUCAUCGUUAAAGUUUUGGAUGAAAAUGAUAAUAAGCCACAGUUUCCAGAGAAGGUCUAUCAAAUCAAGCUACCUGAAAGAGAUCGCAAAAAAAGGGGCGAACCAAUCUACCGGGCCUUUGCUUUUGACAAAGAUGAAGGUCCAAAUGCUGAAAUCUCUUACACCAUUAUAGAUGGAAACGAGGAUGGGAAAUUUUUUAUUGACCCCAAAACUGGCAUGGUGUCUUCCAGGAAGCAAUUUUCAGCUGGGAGCUACGACAUCUUAACAAUAAAAGCCGUAGACAACGGGCGUCCGCAGAAAUCGUCCACAGCCAGACUCCAUAUUGAAUGGAUAAAGAAACCCCCACCGUCUCCCAUUCCGCUGACCUUUGAUGAACCGUUCUAUAAUUUUACUAUCAUGGAAAGUGACAAAGUUACAGAAAUUGUUGGCGUUGUAACAGUGCAACCUUCAAAUAUCCCUCUCUGGUUUGAUGUGGAAGGUGGCAAGCAUGCCCGAGAGAUGUUCUAUAUUCUGCAAACAGCUUGUGGGCAGAAUUGUACAACAGAAGGUGGAAAUGCAGACAGCACAUUUGACAUUGAGAAAGGUGUAGGGACCAUCAUCAUAGCAAAGCCUCUUGAUGCAGAAAUUCGGUCGGCUUACAACAUGAGUAUAGAAGUAACCGAUGGAACAAAUAUUGCAACCACGCAGGUUCUGAUACGAGUUCUUGAUAACAACGACAAUGGACCAGAGUUUUCCCAGUUAAGUUACAAUGCCAUAAUCUCGGAAGACAUUCUCCCGGACACUGAGAUUCUGCAAAUCAAAGCUACUGAUAAAGACGAAAAUCACAAACUAAGUUACAUAGUCCAUAGCAGCAUUGAUCCUAUCAGUAUGAAAAAGUUCCGGAUCGAUGCCAGCACAGGGAUGCUUUAUACAGCAGAAAGGCUCGAUCACGAAGCACAAGCCCACCACAUCCUUACAGUAAUGGUCAAAGAUCAAGAAUUUCCAUACAGGAGAAACCUGGCUCGUGUGUCAAUCAUUGUAGAAGAUGCCAAUGACCACAGUCCAUAUUUUACCAGUCCUUUGUAUGAAGCCUCGGUGUUUGAGUCAGCUGCCAUUGGCUCGGUAGUUUUACAAGUUACUGCCUUGGACCGAGACAAAGGAGAAAAUGCAGAGCUUAUUUACUCAAUAGAAUCAGGUAAUACUGGAAAUACAUUUAAAAUCGAGCCUGUUUUAGGCAUUAUUACUGUUUCUAAAGAGCCUGAAAUGUCAUCAAUGAGUCAGUAUGUUCUGUCGGUGAAAGUAAUGGAUAGAGGGAGUCCACCACUUUCUGCAGCUGCUAUUGUCAGAAUAUCUUUAACUAUGUCGGAUAAUUCACACCCCAAGUUCACACAAAAUGAAUACCAAGCUGAAAUUAAUGAAAAUGCAGAUGCGGGAUCAUCAGUAGUCUUGGUUUCUGCUAUCAGCCAGUCCACAUUGGUUUAUGAAAUAAGGCUUGGGAAUUUAGAAGGAGCUUUUUCCAUAAACCCAUACUCUGGAGUCAUAACAAGUCAAGCAGACCUCGACUAUGAGAGGAUAUCAUCUUACCAGCUAGUAGUCCAAGCAACUAACAUGGCGGGAAUGGCUUCCAAUGCCACUGUGAACAUUCAGAUUCUAGAUGAGAAUGAUAACCCACCUGUUUUUCUCAAUUCUCAGUAUGUGGGCAGUAUCAGUGAGGCAGCUCCAAUAAACAGCAUUGUCCGUAGCUCAGACAACAAUCCUUUAGUGAUACGAGCAAGUGAUGCUGACAGCAACCAAAAUGCACUUCUUGUCUAUCAAAUUGUUGAAUCAACUGCUAAGAGGUAUUUUACGGUGGACUCAAGCACAGGUGCUAUUAGAACUAUCGCAUAUUUAGACCAUGAAACAAUAGCUCAUUUCCAUUUUCAUGUUCAUGUAAGAGAUAGCGGAAGUCCACAGCUUACAGCAGAAAACCCAGUAGAAGUCACUGUUGAAGUAACUGAUGUCAAUGAUAAUCCUCCAGUUUUUACAGAGGCUGUGUUUGAAACAACAUUAUUGUUACCAACUUAUGUUGGGGUAGAAAUACUUCAGGUUAGUGCAAGAGACCCCGAUUCUGCAAUACCACCUGAGCUAAUGUAUACUUUAACAGAAGGAAACAUGAACCAUUUUGUUAUCGAUUCCAUCAGUGGUGUUCUCUCCAUAAAAAAUAGCAGUUUAUCUAAAGAUCACUACAUGUUGAUGGUCAAAGUGUCUGAUGGUAAAUUCUAUAGUACUGCAAUAGUGACAAUACUGGUCAAAGAAGCAAUGGACAGUGGUCUUUAUUUUACCCAAGACAUUUAUUCCACAUCUAUAGCUGAAAAUAGCACUAAUAUUACUAAAGUGGCUGUUGUGAAUGCUGUAGGCCAUCAUCUCAAUGAACCUUUAAAAUAUACCAUAUUAAAUCCUGGAAAUAAAUUUAAGAUCAAGGCCACUUCAGGAGUUAUUCAAACCACUGGAGUUUCUUUUGACAGAGAAGUAAAAGAACUCUAUGAGUUGGUAGUUGAGGCGAGUCGUGAACUGGAUCUCCUUCGUGUUGCAAGAGUCGUGGUCAAAGUCAACAUCGAGGAUAUCAAUGACAACAUUCCUAUUUUUAUUGGACUUCCGUACUAUGCUGCUGUUCAAGUUGAUGCUGAGCCUGGGACAGUUAUUUAUAAAGUGACUGCUAUUGAUAAAGACAAAGGAAAAAAUGGUGAUUUGACAUUUGUUCUUGAUAACGACUAUGGUCAUUUUGAAAUCGAUAAGCACAAUGGGAGUGUAAUGUUAAAAAAAACAUUUGAUUCAGAUCUAUCAAACAUUGAAUAUGCCCUUGUCAUAAUUGCAAAAGAUGGUGGUGAUCCUGCUCUGUCUGCUUCCGUGGAACUUCCUGUAACUAUCGUAAACAAGGCAAUGCCAGUGUUUGAUAAGGCCUUCUACACCAUGUCUGUAGAUGAGGAUGUAGAAAUGCACACACCUAUUUUAAGCAUUAAUGCCACAAGUCCUGAAGGUCAGGGUAUUAUUUACACCAUAGUUGAUGGGGAUCAAUUCAACCAAUUUAACAUUGAUUUUAAUACUGGAGUUAUAACUGUUAUAAGUCCUUUGGAUUUUGAGGUCAACCCUUCUUUCAAGUUGACUAUAAGAGCAAGUGAUUCACUUACAAGUGCUCGAGCAGAAGUCAUCGUGGAUUUAAGUGUUAAUGAUGUUAAUGACAACCCACCAGUUUUUCAGUUUCCAUCUUAUAACGCAACUCUGUCUGAAAGCUCACUGAUAGGGACCCCAGUCUUGCAAGUUGUAGCUACCGAUGCGGAUUCUGAUAACAAUAAGGUGAUAAGGUAUCAAAUCAUUCAGGACAAUUUUAACAAUACAGAUUCAUUUCACAUAGACAGUACAAGCGGCCUAAUACUAACAGCACGGCUGUUAGAUCAUGAAGUUUCCCAUCAAAGCAGCUUAAAAAUCAGGGCAACGGAUAAUGGAUUCCCAGCUCUCAGUAGUGAAGUGCUGGUUACUAUUUACGUAACGGACUUAAAUGACAACCCUCCUGUUUUUAAUCAGCUGAUUUAUGAAUCGUAUGUCAGUGAGCUUGCUUCUAGAGGACAUUUUGUGACCUGUGUCCAAGCAUCAGAUGCCGACAGCACUGACAUUGAUAGAUUAGAAUACAGCAUUUUAUCUGGAAAUGAUCGAGUAAACUUUAUCAUGGACAGUAUAAGUGGUAUCAUUACUCUUUCCAACCAUCGAAAGCAAAGAAUGGAACCAAUGCAUAGCUUAAAUAUCUCUGUCUCCGAUGGCCUGUUCACAAGCACAGCUCAGGUGCAUAUAAAGAUUCUAGGAGCUAAUCUUUUCAGUCCUGUUUUUGCACAAAGUGUUUACGUGACGGAAGUCAGAGAAAAUUCUGCCAUUGGAACAAAAGUCAUAUAUGUGAAGGCAACGGAUGGAGACUCAGGCAUUUAUGGACAUGUAAGCUACACCAUAAUAAAUGACCAUGCUAAGAAUAGAUUCUUUAUUGACACCUUGGGACAGAUAGUAACAACAGAAAAACUUGACAGAGAAAAUCCUCUGGAGCAGGAUAUCAGCAUAUUCCUCAGGGCACUUGAUGGUGGAGGAAGAGCUGCUUUCUGUAUCGUGCAGGUGAUUCUGGUGGAUGAAAAUGACAAUGCACCACAGUUUAAGGCUACAGAGUAUCGAGCAACUGUUAAAGCUGAUGUUGAGAAGGGUCACCUGGUAACACAGGUACAAGCCUUUGAUUUGGAUGAUGGAGCAAAUGCUCGUAUUACAUAUUCACUUUACAGUGAGGCCUCUGUGUCUGUUGCUGACCUCCUGGAAAUAGAUCCUGACAAUGGGUGGAUGGUUACAAAGGGAAAUUUUAACCAGUUGAAAAAUACUGUGCUUUCAUUCUUUGUCAAAGCAGUAGAUGGUGGCAUUCCAAUGAAACAUUCACUCAUUCCGGUAUACAUCCAUGUGGUACCUUCUGAAACCAUCUUACCUACCUUUUCCCAGCCUCAGUACUCCUUCACUCUCCCAGAGGAUUCUGCCAUUGGAACAACAAUAGACACAUUUUAUAUUUCACCUAUCCAAAUGGCUGUUUUUGGCACUGUUAAUGGUGACUUUGCUGAAAAUAACAAAGACAAUAUUUUUAUCAUAGAUAAAGACAUGGGGGUGUUAAAGCUAGACAAGAAAGUUGACCAUGAAACAAUACCUAUCUUUCAUUUCAAAGUGUCAGCAACUGUGCCCUUGGAUAAUAUUGAUGUAUUCAUUACUGUUGAUGUAGAAGUAAAGAUUUUAGAUUUAAAUGACAACAAGCCCGUUUUUGUAUCCACACAUUAUGAGGCCGUAGUAAUGGAAGGAAUGCCAACAGGAACAGGUGUAAUCCAAGUAAAAGCUGUAGAUGCAGAUGGGGGAGCUAAUGGUCAAGUUACUUACAGUCUUGUUUCAGAAAAAGAAGAAGACAAACUCUUUGAAACAUUUACAAUUGACAUGAACAGUGGUUGGAUAACUACACUGAAAGAGCUGGACCAUGAGAAGCAUCCUGCAUAUACCUUUACGGUAGUAGCAUCAGAUCUUGGAGAACAGUUAUCUUUCUCUUCUACGGUGCUAGUUUCUGUUCUGAUCACAGAUGUAAAUGACAAUGGGCCAAUCUUUGAAUAUGAUGUGUACAAAGGAUCUGUGAAGGAGAGCGAAACCCCUGGAGAGGUUGUUGCAGUACUUAGCACAUGGGAUGAAGACACAUCAGAAGCAAAUCGACAAGUGAGCUACCAUAUAACUGGAGGAAAUCCAAAAGGAAAAUUUGCCUUGGGGCUCAUACAGAACGAAUGGAAAGUAUAUGUUAAAAGGCCUUUGGAUCGAGAGGAGCAAGAUAUGUACUUUCUUAACAUCACAGCAACUGAUGGUUUGUUCGUCUCACACACUGUUGUCGAGGUUUCUGUCAUUGAUGUCAAUGAUAACAGUCCGGUUUGUGAUAAGGUUAUCAACAUAGUCACAUUUCCAGAGGACAUUCAACCAAACAAAUUGCUUGUUCGGAUCAGUGCCACAGAUGCCGAUAUUGGAACCAAUGCCGAAAUUCGUUUUUCUCUUCACGGAACUGGUUCAGAUAAUUUUUAUUUGGAUGCUGAAAGUGGUGAGCUGAAGACACUAUCCCUUUUGGACAGAGAAAAGAUCCCAGUGUACAACCUAAUUGCCCAGGCUACAGAUGGAGGCGGAAGAUUUUGCCAAUCGAAAAUCUGUUUAAUACUCGAAGAUGUCAACGACAACCCCCCUGAGUUUACAUCUGAUCAUUACAGUGCUAGUGUCUACGAGAACACAGUCACUAAAGCCUUGCUAACAAGAGUCCAGGCAAAUGAUCCAGAUGUAGGUAUGAAUAGAAAAGUUGUGUACUCAUUAGUUGACUCUGCGGAUGACCAUUUCACAGUAGACACGUCAUCAGGAAUAAUCAUUCUGGAGCAGCCUCUUGAUCGGGAAUUACAAUCGACCUAUAACAUUACAGUAAAAGCCUCGGACUUGAGCCCAGUUGUCACUAUGUCCUCACUUGCUGUUGUCACAAUCGUAGUUCUGGAUGUUAAUGAUAACCCACCGAUUUUUGAAAGAAGGGAUUAUCUUGUCACGAUUCCAGAAGACACUAAUGCUGGCACGCAAGUUAUGUCUGUUUUUGCAGCAAGCAAAGAUAUUGGAACAAAUGCGGAAAUAUUGUAUAGCAUCAGAUCGGGAAAUGAACAUGGGAAAUUCAGGAUCCAUCCAAAAACAGGAGCAAUUUUGGUUGUUAAUACUCUGGAUUAUGAAAAUUGCCGGCAUUUCUACUUGACCGUUGAAGCGAAGGAUGGAGGGACGCCUCCAUUAAGUGCAAUUACUACAGUAAACAUUAACUUAACUGACAUUAAUGACAAUGCACCAACAUUCAGCCAAGAGGUUUAUAGUGCUGUCAUAAGCGAGGAUGCGUCAAUUGGGGAUUCAGUCACUAUGGUGUAUGCUGAAGAUAUAGAUAGUCCUUCUAAUGGCCAAAUUAGUUUUUCCAUUGUGCAUGGAGACCAAGACAAUCAGUUCACAGUCGAUCCAAAACUAGGGCUUAUCAAGGUGAAGGAUAAGCUGGACAGAGAAAGGGUAUCUGGCUAUUCCCUUCUGAUACAAGCUAGAGACAGCGGCAUGCCUUCUUUGUCCUCAACGGUGACCGUCAAUAUUGAUAUUUCAGAUAUUAACGAUAACAGCCCUCAAUUUACACCUGCCAACUACACCGCUGUCAUUCAAGAGAACAAACCUGUUGGAACCAGUAUCUUACAGCUCGUGGUGACUGAUAAAGACUCUUUCCACAAUGGUCCUCCUUUCUAUUUCACUAUUGUAAGCGGCAAUGAAGGCAACGAGUUCGUGUUGGAUCAGAAUGGCAUUUUACAUUCUGCCGUGACAUUUCAGCACACGUUUGCCAAUGAGCACUUACUUUCUAUACAGGUAAAAGAUUCUGGUAAACCUCCCUUGACUUCCCAAACCUCUGUUCAAAUAAGAGUGAUUGAAGAGAGUAUCCAUAAACCUUCAGCUAUCCCUCUGGAAAUAUACAUUGUCACCAUGGAAGAUGACUUUCCCGGGGGAGUGAUAGGCAAGAUUCAUGCCACAGAUCAAGAUGUGUAUGAUAUGCUCAGUUACACUCUCAAGUCAGAACAGAAAAGUUUGUUCAAAGUGAAUAAUCACGAUGGAAAGGUCAUUGCCCUGGGCGGUCUGGAUGGUGGUAAAUACACAUUAAAUGUAUCUGUUAGUGAUGGACGGUACCAAGUCUCAGUAGAUGUCUCAGUUCACGUAGAGCAGUUGAUUCAGGACAUGCUGCAGAAUGCUGUUACUAUACGCUUUGAGAAUAUCUCUCCUGAAGACUUUGUUGGGCUCCACCUGCAUGGUUUCCGACGUACCCUUCGUAACGCAGUCCUCACUCAAAAGGAAGACAGCCUGUUUAUCAUCAGCAUUCAACCGGUGGUGGGAACAAACCAACUUGAUAUGCUGUUUGCUGUGCAAAUGCAAAGCGGAGGGUUCUACAAACCUGCUUAUUUAAUUCAGAAACUUUCCAAUGCCAGAAGACAUUUGGACAAUGUGGUCCGUAUCUCUACGAUCUUGGAAAAGAACUGCUCGGGUUUGGAUUGCCAGGAACAGCAUUGCGAGCAAACACUGUCUAUAGAUUCUCACUCGUUAAUGACCUACAGCACAGCACGAAUCAGUUUUGUGUGCCCUCGUUUUUACAGAAAUGUGCGGUGUAUUUGUAAUGGUGGUGUGUGUCCUGGAUCUGCUGAUCCCUGUUUAAGCAAACCAUGUCCCGAUGACAUGCAGUGUGUUGGGUAUGAAAUCAGCAGGAGACCGUUCAUCUGCCAAUGCCCACCAGGAAAACUUGGAGAAUGCUCAGGACACACUUCACUCAGUUUUGCAGGAAACAGUUACAUUAAAUACAGAGUUUCUGAAAACAGCAAGAGGGACGAGUUUCGGCUGGCCCUUCGUAUGAGGACAUUACAAAAUAAUGCCAUUAUCAUGUACACAAGAGCAAAUCCAUGCAUGAUUCUUAAGAUUGUGGAUGGCAAGUUAUGGUUUCAGUUGGACUGUGGCAGCGGCCCAGGAAUCUUGGGAAUUUCUGGAAGGACAGUUAACGAUGGGAGUUGGCAUUCUGUCUUUUUGGAACUCAAUCGGAAUUUCACGAGCUUGUCACUAGAUGAUAGCUAUGUGGAGCGUCGCAAGGCACCGCUUUACUUCCAAACCCUCAGCACUGAUAGUUCUAUUUACUUUGGAGCUCAGGUACAAGUGGAGAACGUCCGGAGUCUUACUGACAAAAGGAGUACACAGGUCUUGGGUGGCUUCCAAGGAUGCUUGGAUUCAGUCGUCUUGAAUAACAAUGAACUGCCACUUCAAAACAAGAGGAGCAGCUUUGCAGAAGUGGUAGGAUUGACUGAAUUAAAACUUGGCUGUGUGCUGUAUCCUGAUGCUUGUGAAAGAAACCCUUGCCAGAACGGAGGAAUCUGUACUAGUGUGCCAUCUGGUGGUUAUCAGUGCAGUUGUCCAUCCCAGUUUAUUGGAAAAAACUGUGAAUCAGAGAUUACGGCAUGUUUUCCGAAUCCCUGCCGUAACGGUGGGUCAUGUGAUCCGAUCGGUAACUCAUUCAUCUGUAAUUGUAGGACAGGACUUAGAGGAUUAACAUGUGAAGAAGAUAUCAAUGAGUGUGAACGAGAAGACUGUGAAAAUGGUGGAACAUGCGUGAACGUAUUUGGAUCUUUUUACUGUAACUGCACCCAUGGAUAUGUUGGGCAGCACUGUGGUCUGAGACCCGUUGUAGUGCCCAAUAUACAGGCCGGACAUUCCUACGUAGGCAAGGAAGAGCUUAUCGGGAUAGCAGUAGUUUUGUUUGUUAUAGUCAUUCUCAUCAUUCUUUUUAUAGUAUUCCGCAAGAAGGUUUUCAGAAAAAAUUACUCCCGGAAUAACAUCACCCUUGUGCAAGACCCAGCCACAGCAGCAUUGCUGAACAAGACCAAUGGAAUUCAGUUCAAAAACCUAAGGAACAGCGGAGACAGUCGCAACAUUUACCAAGAGGUUGGUCCACCACAAGUGCCUGUAAGACCUAUGGCAUACACACCCUGCUUUCAAAGUGAUUCAAGAAACAACUUGGAUAAGAUGGUCGAUGGACUUGGUGUGGAACAUCAAGAAAUGACUACCUUUCACCCAGAAUCUCCUCGAAUACUGACAGCCAGAAGAGGGGUUGUAGUGUGUAGUGUGGCUCCAAAUCUUCCUUCAGUGUCACCCUGCCGGUCUGACUGUGACUCAAUCAGGAAAGGAACCUGGGAUACUGGAAAUGAUUGCAAAGGACUUGAUGCGGCAGAGGAGAUGACCUGCUUUGUGGGAAGUAAUAAAGGCAGCAACUCAGAAAACCAGUCUCUGAACUCCUUUCAGUCGGAUUCAGGCGAUGACAAUGCUUCCAUAGUGACUGUCAUACAUCUAGUCAACAAUGUUGUUGAUACUAUUGAAACUGAAGCUUCAGAUAUGGACCAAGGGCAGAAUUACAACAGAGCUUACCAUUGGGAUACGUCUGACUGGAUGCCAAGUGCACGACUCUCCGAUAUUGAAGAGGCUCCAAACUUUGAAACUGCCGAUGGCUCUUCUGCUCACCAUGGAAGUACAAGAGAAUUAGAGACAGACUAUUAUCUGGGCGGAUAUGACAUUGACAGUGACUACCCACCACCCCAGCAUGAAGACUAUUUAACUCAAGACCAGCUACCACCUCCUCUUCCAGAGGAUUUCCAAGAUCAUUAUGAUACACUACCCAAAUCCCAGCCAAUAUCUGUGGUUAGCACACUUAGUCCUGACUGCAGAAGACGUCCCCAGUUCCACCCCAGCCAAUACCUCCCGCCUCAUCACCUAUCAAAUGAAAUAGAGACAAGUAUUUCACAACCUGGACCUUCAUUUAGUACUUUUGUACCAGGCCCGGGUCAAAGAGUGGAAAAGACAAGCACAGAUAACAUAUCUUUAUCCUUGCACAAUUCAGUAGGUGCUUCUUCGUCGGAUAUCUCAGCCAGUUGUGGGUUUGAAGAUACAGAAGUAGCCAUUAGUGACUAUGAAAGUUUGGAUGACUUUCGUAUGGAUCAUUCACACAUUCCCUAUAUGGAAACGCAACAUCAGACUCAAGUGUGAUGGAUUUUUUUUUUUAUAUAUACACAUAGGAUAUGAGACUUAAGUGUACAAUUAAAGCAAGUCAUGCAAUGCUCAACAUGAGACAUCGUCAUCAUAACCACAACAUGUGCAGAUUAAUACAUUACAGUUGUUUAGACAACAUGUCAGUGAUUUAUUGCAAAAAAUAAAGCAUCCAAUACUUUUAA